GAGAUAUACCUAAUGCUAGAUGAUGAGUUAGUGGGUGCAGCGCACCAGCAUGGCACAUGUAUACAUAUGUAACUAACCUGCACAAUGUGCACAUGUACCCUAAAACUUAAAGUAUAUAUAAAAAAAAAAGACAUCACUAGUGAGCACGCUGUAUACGACAUCGCUAAUGAGGACGCUAUAUAUGACAUCGCUGAUGAGGACAUUGUAUACGACAUCACUAAUGAGGACACCAUACAAGGCAUCGCUAACGAUGACGCUGUACACAACAUCACUAGUGAUGACACCGUAUAAGACAUCGCUAAUUAUGACGCUGUAUACGACAUCGCUAAUGACACCAUACAAGGCACGCUAAUGAGGAUGCUGUACACGACAUCACUAAUGAGGACAGUGUGCAAGCCAUCGCUAAUGAGGACACUGUAUAUGACAUCGCUAACGAGGACACUGUACAAGGCAUUGCUAACGAGGACGCUGUACACAACAUCGCUAAUGAGGACACCAUAUAAGACAUCACCAAUGAGGAUGCUGUAUAUGACAUCGCUAAUGACACCCACAAGGCAUGCUAACGAGGAUGCUGUAGACGACAUUGCUUAUAAGGACACCGUACAAGACAUCGCUAACCAGGACACUGUAUACGACAUCGCUAAUGAGGACAUUGUAUAUGACAUCGCUAAUGAGGAUGCUUUACAAGACGUAGCUAAUGAGGUUGCUGUAUAUGACAUCGCUAAUGAGGACAUUGUAUAUGACAUCGCUAAUGAGGACGCUCUAUACGAUAUCACUAAUGAGGACGCUGUAUACAACAUCGCUAAUGAGGACGCUGUAUAUGGCAUCGCUAAUGAGGAUGCUGUAUACGAAUUCGCUAAUAAGGACGCUGUAUAUGACAUUGCUAAUGAGGACACUGUACAAGACAUCGGUAAAAAAGAAGAUGCUGCCAAUGAGCCAUUGACACUGGAGAAUGAUACGUACCCUGAAAUAACUCACUUCCUGAGGAAAAAGCGCCAUCUCUAGGAUUUGAUUGUGGAGAGCAUAUCUGAUGAUGGGGAUUUGUAGGACUUUAGAAAGCACUCAUGUUUCCAGCCUCACUGUUGACUCCUGGCUUAAAGGGAUCUCCCGGGGUGAGUGAGGAGGCGGGAUCGGACCCUGGCAGUCUGACGGCAGCACCUGUGUUCCUCUGCACUGGGCCGUGGAUGACAUUACACACCUUGCCACUCCCACGGUCCUGUGUGUUCCGGAUAUUUAAAAAUAAUGGCUAUAAGGUUGAGCACUUCAGGAUAUGCUGUUUUGCUGUGUGCAGAUGGAGGCAGUGGCUGGAGUGAAUGAACGGCAACACUUGCUGGCAACCGGCAGAAGCUGAGAGACAGGGAACAGGCUCUCCUCCAGAGCCUCCAGGAGCCAGGCCUUUGGACACCUUGAAUGUGGGCUUCUGGGAGACCAUGCGUUUCUGUUAUAAGCAGCCCAGUCUCUGGCAGUUUUUACGGCUGCCCCCGAACACUCAUCUAUACCUGUCUGACAAGGUCAAGCUCCAAGGAAGGGAUUCUCUACAUAUCUACAUUGUUUGCAGAUUUUACAAUAAUCAUUUAUUCUUGCAUGGCUGAUCAUUGUUAACCAAUACAAAUAAAAUAAUAAAGAAAUGACCCACAUUUUA